CCCGUUCAUUGCCUCUUUGCUUCCAUAGCACGUGCUCAUAACUCUUUGGCUGUUGCCUCCUGGGACCUUUGUUUGCAACGUCUUCGUUCUGGGACAAUUGAUCUUCUCUCCCAUCGCAUCUUUGUCUCUUCCCCUCCACAGUCAAAAUGGUUACCGAAUUACCAUAUGCCCUCGACGCCGAGACGCCGUUGAACCCCUCGGAACUCGGCGUCCUACGAGCCCAAUAUGAACGAGAAGGAGAAAUGGUUGGUGUCCAAACCAAGUUCAACUACGCCUGGGGCCUCGUCAAGUCCAACGUCCGCACCGACCAGCAACUCGGCGUCCGUCUCCUUUCGGACAUCUUCCGCAUCUCUCCCGAGCGUCGCCGCGAGUGCCUCUACUACCUCGCCCUCGGCAACUACAAGCUCGGCAACUACGGCGAAGCCCGCCGCUACAACGACCUCCUCCUCGACAAGGAGCCCGCCAACCUCCAGGCCACCAACCUGCGCCAGCUCAUCGACGACAAGGUUGCCCGCGAGGGUCUCAUGGGUGUCGCCAUCCUCAGUGGUGUUGGAGUCGCCGCUGGUGUCGUGGGGGCUUUCCUGCUGAGGAAUGCCAGAAAGAGGUAGAGUUUUGUCAAAGGAGAGUUUGACGAAACAUGACGGAGAAGAAGGAAUGGGGGCAUAAUGCGCGUGGGCUUGCCAUGACUACACUACACUAUACUACUCACUCUUGACGAUUUUUAACCAUGGGGAGCGCGGCAUGACGAGGAACGGGCGGAGUCUUGACCUUGCUGGUUAAUGUACUACUACUAUAUGAAACAAGCGUCUCUUAACAUCCAUCACAUACUCU